ACAGCUCAUCAAGAGGACAUGCAGUACAGUACACAUACCUCAAGAUGUUAAUGCUAAUGUGGAUUCAAGUGCUGCUGUUUGAUAUAGUCGAUUCACAGACGCAAAAUAAAGUGGUCUAUCAGCCGAACCCGGUGAUCAGCGCUGCUCCUGGUGAUAACGUGACUCUACAAUGCUUUCUACGUGACGUACAAAACUCUGAUCCCAUCGUUUGGUACAAACAAGAAGGAGGACACAAGCCUUCCUUAGUGGCUGUGGUACAGAAAGUACAGGAUCCUAUUUACCAAGACGACUUCGACUCUCCGAGGUUCAGAAUCGAGAAAGGAAGCCAAAGCUUUCAUUUGAAAAUAACGGACGUGAAACCGUCGGACGAAGCCGUGUAUUACUGUGGACUGAUUACGUUUUACAUUGUAUUUGCUAAAGGAACGUAUUUAUCAGUGAAAGGUACUGAAGAUGUGCGUUUCUCUGUGUGGCAGAGCGGCGUGUUGGACUCGGUUCCUGCAGGAGCCUCAGUGACUCUGCAGUGCUCGGUUCUCUCUGAGAGCAGAGCAGCAGAACUCCAAGUGCUCUGGUUCAGAGCUGCUCCACCACAAUCCCAUCCUCAAAUCAUUUACACUCAUCACAACAGCAGCCAUCAGUGUGAGAGCGGCUCUUCUACACACACCUGUGUGUACAACUUCUCCAAGAACAUCCUCAGCCUCAAUGAUACUGGAACUUACUACUGCGCUGUGCUCCUGUGUGGGAAGAUCAUCUUCGGGAACGGGACACCGGUACAGAUGGAAAACUUUGCAGCGUCUUAUAAUCCUGUAGUGAUGUGUCUGGGAACAGCGCUGGUAAUGUGCGGGAUUCUGAUUUCUGUUCAAACUGUUUUACUCUGUAAAAGAAAAAACGGUCCACAACACAGAGAGAGAAUUCAGCAUGAUGCCGUGAUAAACACUGACGAGACGAACGCUCAGGUUGGUGAUGCUGUAGAGCUGAAUUACGCUGCCUUACAUUUUAAUGAAAGGAAAAUUAAAAGAGUGAGAGGAAAUCGAGGACCAUCUCAAGACCGUGUUUACACUGAAGUGAAAUAUUCCACCAUUUCUCACUUAAAUCAUUUUCUAGAUUCGGCCAAAACUGCGGAAAUUUCCAGAACAUCAGUUCUUUCAGUGAAGUCUGGAGAACGUGUUACUCUUAACUGCCCAUUUGGAGACAGUCGUAAGGCUGAAAGCGUGGUCUGGUACAAACUCAUACUUGGAGAAAUGCCUCAAAAAAUUGGAGAAAGAUUAGCGUAUAAGGAUAUAAACAUUUCACCUGAGUUCAUGACUUCAGGAUUUAAAAUAGAGGAGAGUGAUAACCACAUUUCUUUGACAAUUCAACAAAUAAAAAAAGAAGACGGAGGACUUUAUUACUGCGGAAAGUGUAACAUGGAUGAAGUUGACUUGUCCAAUGGAACUUUCUUGGCUGUAACAGGUACUGAAGAUGUAAAAGUGAGUGUGUGGCAACACAGCGUGUUGGACUCGGUUCCUGCAGGAGCCUCAGUGACUCUGCAGUGCUCGGUUCUUUCUGAGAGCAGAGCAGCAGAACUCCAAGUGCUCUGGUUCAGAGCUGCUCCACCACAAUCCCAUCCUCAAAUCAUUUACACUCAUCACAACAGCAGCCGUCAGUGUGAGAGCGGCUCUUCUACACACACCUGUGUGUACAACUUCUCCAAGAACAUCCUCAGCCUCAAUGAUACUGGAACUUACUACUGCGCUGUGCUCCUGUGUGGGAAGAUCAUCUUGGGGAACGGGACACCGGUACAGAUGGAAAACUUUGCAGCGUCUUAUAAUCCUGUAGUGAUGUGUCUGGGAACAGCGCUGGUAAUGUGCGGGAUUCUGAUUUCUGUUCAAACUGUUUUACUCUGUAAAAGAAAAAACGGUCCACAACACAGAGAGAGAAUUCAGCAUGAUGCCGUGAUAAACACUGACGAGAAGAACGCUCAGGUUGGUGAUGCUGUAGAGCUGAAUUACGCUGCCUUACAUUUUAAUGAAAGGAAAAUUAAAAGAACUGCCGACUCUUGUGCUAAUCAUCUUCGUCCGUUAAUGAAUCAUUUUCAUCCUGGUGGGCGUGGUCUCUUCUUGGGUAACUCCACCCCCAUCCGCAUUGACGGAGGCUCUCUGAAAACAUAUGCUAUGGACUUUAAACACAUCAAAUCUCAAACUGUACACCUACUGUACCGGAUAAACCAGCUUUCUCCACCAUUAUGCUCAAUCAUCAUCAUCAUCACCAUCAUCAUCAUCCUCGCAAUACCAUCUGAAGGAAAAACCUUUGGAAGAAUGACAUUCAUUGCUCCACUCAACCAGACUAACAUUCAGGGUCUGAGGAUGACUUUAAUCUGGACAAUUGUUUUAUUUCUCAACACAAUAUAUUCGGCCAAAACUGCGGAAAUUUCCAGAACAUCAGUUCUUUCAGUGAAGUCUGGAGAACGUGUUACUCUUAACUGCCCGUUUGGAGACAGUCGUAAGGCUGAAAGCGUGGUCUGGUACAAACUCAUACUUGGAGAAAUGCCUCAAAAAAUUGGAGAAAGAUUAGCGUAUAAGGAUAUAAACAUUUCACCUGAGUUCAUGACUUCAGGAUUUAAAAUAGAGGAGAGUGAUAACCGCAUUUCUUUGACAAUUCAACAAAUAAAAAAAGAAGACGGAGGACUUUACUACUGCGGAAAGUGUAACAUGGAUGAAGUUGACUUGUCCAAUGGAACUUUCUUGGCUGUAACAGGUACUGAAGAUGUAAAAGUGAGUGUGUGGCAACACAGCGUGUUGGACUCGGUUCCUGCAGGAGCCUCAGUGACUCUGCAGUGCUCGGUUCUUUCUGAGAGCAGAGCAGCAGAACUCCAAGUGCUCUGGUUCAGAGCUGCUCCACCACAAUCCCAUCCUCAAAUCAUUUACACUCAUCACAACAGCAGCCAUCAGUGUGAGAGCGGCUCUUCUACACACACCUGUGUGUACAACUUCUCCAAGAACAUCCUCAGCCUCAAUGAUACUGGAACUUACUACUGCGCUGUGCUCCUGUGUGGGAAGAUCAUCUUCGGGAACGGGACACCGGUACAGAUGGAGAACUUUCCGGAAAAUGCUUUAGAUCCUGAAGUGGUCUACCUCACUGUAGUGGUGGUCGUGUGUGUGGUUGUGAUCUUCACUCAAGCUUUUAUCAUCUGUAAAAUGAGAAACUGUGACAGAUCCAGAGCAGCGAGACCUCAACAAGGUUCUAGAGCAGAAAAAACACCCAAUAAAGAUGGUGAUGCAGCGGAGCUGAAUUACACUUCUUUACAUUUCAGUAAGAAGAACACUAAAAGAGUGAGCAGAAACAGAGUCAAACCUGAAGACUGCGUUUAUUCUGAAGUGUUGUCUGCCACCUAGAUUAUAUUUUUUAUUUAAUUUGUUUCUUUUAUUCAUUAGUUUUAUUUUUCCUAAUUAAAGUUUAUUACAUAUCUGUG